AUGGUUUCAGGCGAGAUUCAUGAGAACACCAUGCAAGAGCUCCGUUCCUUGCCCAGAAACAGCAAAAGUUUAUCCAUGACUUUCCUUGGAUUUGCUGCUGUCCUCCUGCUCUUCUUUGCCUCUCCUACCAGCUCCUGCACGGAGCAGGAGAGUAGCUCUCUCAUCAACUUCCUAGAUGGGCUCACUCCAGAUGGCAACGGUGGUCUCAACGAUUCAUGGGUGAAUGGCACAGACUGCUGCAAAUGGGAAUGCAUCAUCUGCAGCAGCGAUGGGACAGUCACAGAUGUCUUGCUGGCCGCCAGAGGUCUUAAAGGGGGCAUCUCGCCAUCCCUCGUCAAUCUUACAGGCUUGUUGCACCUAAACCUGUCCCAUAAUUCGCUCGAAGGCAGUCUACCAAUAGGAUUAGUUUUCUCCAGAAGCAUCAUUGGCCUCGACGUCAGCUUCAACUGCCUCAAAGGUCAUCUACAAGAGAUGCAAUCCUCAAACCCCAGCCUUCCUCUCCAGGUACUGAAUAUCUCAAGCAAUUCCUUCACAGGACAGUUCCCAUUGACAACAUGGGAGGUGACGAAGAAUCUGGUUGCUCUUAAUGCAAGCAAUAACAGCUUUACAGGACAAAUACCAUCUUCUAUCUGCAUCAAUGCCCCAUCAUUUGCCAUGCUUGACCUAUCAUAUAACCAAUUCAGCGGCAAUAUUUCUCUGGGGCUUGGCAGUUGCUCUAUGCUGAGAGUGCUCAAAGUUGGCCACAACAACCUUACUGGAGCUCUCCCUGACGGACUCUUCAAUGCUACCUCACUGGAGCAGCUCUCCUUACCCAACAAUUUCUUGCAAGGAGUUCUUGAUGGCUCCCACAUAGCAAAACUAAGCAGUCUGACUGUUCUUAAUCUUGGAUCGACUGGUCUCAGUGGCAAGAUUCCAGAUUCUGUUGGCCAGCUAACAAGAUUGGAGCAACUCUAUUUGGACAACAACCAUAUGUAUGGCGAGCUGCCAUCGGCCCUGGGUAACUGCUCAAAUCUCAGAUACAUUACCCUCAGAAACAACAGUUUUACCGGGGAUCUCAGCAGAGUCAAUUUCACCAUGUUGGAUCUAAAGAAAGCUGAUUUUUCAGUGAACAACUUCACCGGUACAAUUCCUGAAAGUAUCUACUCAUGCACCAACCUAGUUGCGUUACGCCUGGCUUUCAAUCAAUUUCAUGGGCAGUUCUCACCAACCAUUGGAAAUCUCAGGUCCCUAUCCUUCUUUUCAAUUACCGGCAACUCUUUUAUAAAUAUCACAAAUGCACUUCAGAUGCUCAAGGGCUGCAAGAAUCUCACAUCCCUGAUGAUGGGAACCAAUUUCAAGGGUGAAACCAUACCACAAGAUGAAACAUUUUAUGGUUUUGAGAGCCUUCAGGUAUUGACCAUAGAUGAUUGCCCAUUGACCGGGCAAAUACCUCUUUGGAUAUCAAAGCUUGCAAAAUUGCUGAUGCUAGAUUUAUCAUUAAAUCAGCUCACUGGACAAAUACCAUCCUGGAUUGAUGGACUGGGCUACCUGUUCGUUCUAGAUAUAUCAAGCAACAAACUUACAGGGGAUAUACCAGCUGCAUUGGCAAAGAUGCCGAUGUUACUAUCAGAGAGAAAUGCUGCCAAGUUGGACACAAGGUUCCUUGAGUUGCCUGUAUUUUGGACGCCAUCACGUCAAUACCGGACAGUCGGUGCUUUUCCCGGCAAAUUGUGUCUGGACAACAAUAAUUUCACUGGUGUAAUUCCCCCUGAGAUUGGUGAGCUAAAAAUGCUCGACAUCCUGAAUUUAAGCUCCAAUAGCUUAACUGGUGAAAUACCACAAGAAAUCUGCAACCUCACAAACCUGCAAAUUCUUGAUCUGUCGAACAACCAGCUCACAGGUGAAAUACCAUCUGCACUGAGUGACCUGCACUUCCUUUCCAGAUUUGAUGUUUCUAACAACAAGCUAGAAGGGGAAGUUCCAAGUGGAGGACAGUUUGAUUCUUUUUCAAAUUCCAGCUACAGUGGGAAUCCAAAGCUAUGCGGGCCUAUGAUCAACAAUGACUGCAACUCAAGACCAUCUCCAGCCUCUGGGAAGCGAUGGAACAACUUGCGUCCUGCAUUAGUUAUUGGAAUCACCGCGGGGGGGCUCAUUGCUCUUGUUUUGCUUGCAUGCUUCCUUAUUGCAAGGACUUUAUGCGCGUCAUUCCCAGUUCUCCUCUGCUAUGCAAACAGAGCAAGAUAUUAG